CCUCCAUCUCUCGAAGUGAAGUAGAAAUAGAUCACUCACUGACUCACUCUCUGCAACAUAAAGCUCCCUGUUUCUUUCUUUCUCUCCAUACCAAAUGUUUUUCUGUUAAUCAUUUCUUAAAUAACCCAUUCCCUACACUUAAAGACUCGCUCGCCUACUGACUUCAAAAGCUCUACAAAAGCCGGAAACACGCUUCUCUUUUUUCUUCUUAACUCAAACCACUCCAAUUCGGAUUCCAAGUUCUUACACUUGCCUUUCUUGUAUGAACCCGAAUCCGUGGGAAGAACAUGGAUCCCCCGUUAAUAAAUGAGACCUCUUUCUCUGCAGCUAACCCAUCUUCCUACUCUUUGACUGAGAUUUGGCCGUUUUCCACAAUUAAUGAAGAGACAAACGGUAUUGGUGGUGGAUUGGGGCUCCGGCUGCGGAAUUUGGGUGGGGGAUUCGGGGAGCGAGAUGGGUCGGCUGAGGAAUCAACGAUAACGGUGCAGAGCGUGGGUGGAACCAGUGGGAAUGGAAGGAAGAGAAGGGAUUUGAGCUCAGAGGAUGAGUCUUCCAAAAUGGUUUCUACUUCCAGCAGUGGGAAUGAAUUGAAUGACUCAAAUGGCAAGAGGAUGAAAUUAUCAGAAUAUCGAAAUGAGGACAGGAACUCAAAAGCUGAAGUAGAACCAAGUUCAGUUGCAAAUAAGAAACCAGCUGAGCAAAGUAAAACAUCUGAGCCACCUAAACAAGACUAUAUUCAUGUAAGGGCACGAAGGGGUCAAGCUACUGACAGCCACAGUCUAGCUGAGAGAGCUAGGAGAGAAAAGAUAAGCGAGAGGAUGAAGAUACUCCAAGAUUUGGUACCUGGGUGUAAUAAGGUUAUUGGUAAAGCACUUGUUCUUGAUGAAAUAAUUAAUUACAUCCAGUCAUUACAGCGUCAAGUCGAGUUCCUGUCCAUGAAGCUAGAAGCAGUUAAUUCAGGAAUGAACAUGAACCCCACAAUUGAGGGCUUCCAUCCAAAAGAUGUUGGCACACCACAAUUUGAUGUCGCAGGAAUGAUAUUUGGACCUCAAGCAGCAAGAGAUUAUGCUCAAGCAUCACAAUCAGAAUGGCUGCAUAUGCAGAUUGGUGGAAAUUUUGAAAGGACUACAUAAUCAAGCUGCAAGAUUCAUUCCUCUGGUUAUUUACUGAGGGGCAAAUUUGUUAUUAGCUUCUUCAUCCAGUGCAUAAAAUGUGUUUCCCAUAAGCAUGUCUCUUAUUGAAGUUUUAAUCUUAUAUCAUUUGUAGAAAGUGCAUCUAAUCUUUAUUUAUUGUAUCUUCUGAUAGUUUACUAAACAAAGUCUCGUAGAGAUAACUUGUUGAAUGGAAAAAUACUUGAAAUUUGCAAUGAAAAAAUUCUGAGGUGUUAUUAGACCUUUUUUUUUU